AUGUUAGAAACUGUUACAGAAUAUUUGGAAUUAUUAAAAGAAACAAUAAUUCCUGUUGUUGCUAAAGCGGAUGAUGAAGAUCCAGUAGAUGAACAAGAAGCCGAAGAAGAGGAGGAGGAUGAAGGGGAAGAGGAAGAAGAAGAGGAGGAGGAGGAGGAGGAAGACGAAGAUGAACUACAUGAUCAAUUUGAUGAAUUAAGAAACGAACUAAAGGAAACCGAAAAGGGUCAAAGAUUAUUGAAAGCAUAUUCAGAUUGUAGUGAAAGGGUAAGGAUAGAACAACAAAGACCAGAUUAUGAUGAUCUUGACCAUAAAGAAGAUUGUAUCGAAGAAUUCUUCCAUUUACAGCAUUACCUUGACAGUACGGCUGCUCCAAGAUUAUUUGACAAAUUGAAAUGA